AUGUCCCGAAUAGAAUAUACUCCAACAAGGCCACUAACCUUAUCCGAGUCACCGUCAGGUGUUCCACCAGACGGGUUCUGCCAGCAGCUCGAUCUGAUUGUCCGACUGGUGUAUAUCAUGACGGGAGAAUGUCCUCUGGACGUGUCGCGGCAACAGGUCAUCCAUUUCUUCAAACCCAUUUCUGCCUAUGCAGGGUAUCUGUCGAUUACUGCGUGGCUGUUUGCUCAGAUCCCCCAGGUUAUAAAAAACUACUCAGAGAAGUCAGUUGACGGGCUUUCACUUGGGUUUCUGUGCUGCUGGUUUGCCGGGGACCUGCUCAAUUUUAUGAGUUGUUUGAUGACGGAUGCUUUGCUAUUCCAGAUCCUGCUCAGCUCGUAUUAUCUCAUCAUCGACAUAGUUUUGGCCGGGCAGUUUUACUACUAUAGUCGGCUGUAUCACAAUCCUCAGUCCCGCUUUUACCAUCAAAGACGUGCCAAGCGGCUCGGUGAGAUCAAAACUCCUCGUACAGCGCUUCGAACAGCUCUGAAUGCUCAUCCUGUGCGCGAAAUCGACGCAGACUCCAUUGAUCGCGCCUACGUUCCUGCAGAACAUAUAUCUUCCGCUAUUCCGAUAGAGAGGCAACAACAACCAAAUAACCUGAACAUAACAAACAGCAUAACGAAGCUGAUUAGCUCGAGCUUCAUCAUGGGGUUUAGCAGGGCCGAAGCUGCCCCGAUCUACUCACCAAUGUCCAUACCGGAUAAGACCAACAACUCCGCAUUACUAAAAAUAUUCCAUGCAUUAAUAACACUCUCCGUCCAUCAGGUGGGAACAAUCCUGGCCUGGUGUUGCACUUUCUUGUAUAUCAGUUCCAGAUUUCCCCAAAUAUUGACCAAUAACAAACUCAAAUCGACGCGUGGCAUUUCCCCCAAGUUUGUCAUCUGCGCGCUUUUGGGUAACUUGUGCUACUCGAUGUCGUUGGCAACAUGCAAAAACUCCCUUAGUGGCGGUGACACGUCACGGGAUUUCUGGCGGGCCGAGCUCAGCUACCUUUUGGGAGCCAUGGGCACGGUGGCCCUUGAUUGUACGUUGCUCCUGCAAUGGUACAAAUGGGAUUACAACAAAGGUACCGUCAAAUCUCCCGAAAUAGAAGCACCCGCGAUGAGAAGAGAAAGUAUAUCUGCGGAGAAUUACAUCAAACUGAAAAAGUCAAAGUCGCCUGCCACAGGGUCAGCAUUCAUUAAAAUCCCAAUGUCCCCGCAUCACGUUCGCAAGCUGAGUGAAAACACGCCACUGUCGCCUAUCGACUUUCUUCUGGACGACUAUAUGGCGAACGCACAACUUUACAAGGGCAAAAAACAGUUCGAUGAGGUUUUGAAGCUGUCAAACUACGGAUCGAUAUCUUAA